AUGUCUGCCUCGUCGUCCUCCUCUCUCCCUGUGCCAGCCGAUUUCCCUCUUGAUCUCAUCAGGUGUCCCUUCUGCGGCGCGGAUCUGGAAACCAAUGUAGCAAGAACCGGGAGCAAGGCGGGGCAGCGGUUCUACAAGUGUGUCCGCUAUGAUACGGCCUACGUCAGAAGGAUGACUCCGUACCAGAUCGCCCGUGCUCAGCAGCAAGCGGGGGUGCUCCAGGUCCAGAUGCAGGCAAACCCGGCCGGCAUCGUCGCUCCACCUGCAAACCAGGCUCAGGUCCAGGCGAACCAGGGUCAGAAUCACCCUCUAGCGACGCCGGAGACCGUUUUGGUGAACCAGAUCUUCAGGCCCAUCGCAGCUGCUGCUUCUGGUUCUCAGGCGCUGGGGGCAACAGCUUUCAUCCUUGCCGCUAGCAACAUCAUGCUCACUCUGCUGCUUCUGUUGUUCGUUGUGGCCAUCUAUUUUGGCGGCGGUAACUAG